AUGGACCAUAGAAGGCUUUUAUUUGGCCAGUUGAACGGCGGAGGCAAACGCGCUGGAAAAUGCUCGGAAUUGAGCCUGAAAUUUAGUGCCCCUUCACGACCGUCCCUCGACUCCAGCUGGCCCCGUCUGCAGCACACAAGGAGCGCCUCUUUGUGUAGCUGCGCCCGUCGGUUCUGCUCGUGUGUUCCCUGCGCGGCCGCUUGCGCUACAGUGUGGCGGAGCCGAACUGAACCAGCUCGCUGCUGGGUGUGGAAGCAGGGCGACGAAGAGGAGAAGUGGGCCGAGAAGGCGGUCGACUCCCUCGUCAAGAAGCUGAAGAAGAAGAAGGGCGCCGUCGAGGAGCUGGAGCGCGCCCUCUCGUGCCCCGGACAGCAGUGCAAGUGCGUCACCAUCCCCAGGAGCCUCGACGGACGACUCCAGGU